UGUAGCUUUUUAUUGUAAUUAUCUUUAGGGUAUAAUAUAUUCUAAGAAUGUUGUACACCAGAAUGCUUCAUAGUAUAAAGAGAAUACAUGUGUUUAUCUACAAAAACUCCAAAAAGCUAUACACAACUUCGUUUAAAAAAUAUUUGGUAUUAACAAACGCUACGUUAACGUCCACACUAUUCACCGCUAGUGAUUUCGUUGAACAAAAAAUAUUCGAACAGAGAAAAACCACAGAAGUACGAAGAUUAAUUGCUUUCACGAGUUGUGGCUUUCUCUUUGGUAUGUAUGGCCAUUAUUGGUACCGCAUAAUGAGCAAAAUCCCCACAGUUGCGAACUUUCCGAAUAGGCAAGCUUUAUUAUACCAGAUCAUGUUUUCGCCAUUGGAAUAUUUUUCGUUUUAUACUUUUAUCGGAGCUGUGGAAGGAGAGACUGUUGAAGAAAUAAAACAUGAAAUUAAAAAUAAAUUCUUGGUCACAUACGCCUUGGAUUGGUUGAUUUAUUAUCCGUUCUUAUACUGCAACAUUAGAUACGUUCCACUGCAUUUGCGUGUGACGAUAGAUAAUAUGUUUGGAUUUUGUUGGACAGUGUUUCUGUCGUACGUCAAACAUCAUUCUGCGAAAGAUUGGACGGGAUAUUUUUAUGACGUCGUAGCGAAUAGUAAAAAUUGGCAAAGCAAUCGAGUAUUUGAUCUUGUUAGUGAAAUAAUAAAUACUUAAUUAACGUUAAUUUUGUAAGAAACACACUUUUUUGACCACCACCCUCCCUCCCCUAGUUAGAUGAUUUUACAUCAUUUUUUCAUAAUCUCGUGCCAUAUUUUAGUAAAAGCACAUACCCAAAUUAUUUUUUAUUUUCUAUGUAAUAUUAAUGGUCUAAUAUUAUCGUUUACAAUUUCGUUUGCUAAUUAACCUUAAUUUUUGGUUCUUUAUUCUCUUUGAUUCGUCUGAUCAAAUUCCUAUCCAAUAUCUUUGGCACUGGUGAAAGUGCUUUGCAUGCAAUAGAUUUUAUAGAUUUUAUUUUAGGAUUCUAAUAAAUUAUUUUCAUCAAACCUUAAGAUCCACGUGACUAACCACUAUUUUUAACUUUUUUGGCUUAUGCCAGGGCUACUAAUUUUUAGUUCAGCAUCUAAUUUCAAUUUCAAUGCUACAAUUAUUUUCGGUUUCGAUUUCCUACGUUGUACGUUUUGGUUUCAUGGGGGAAGUAGCCUCAAAAUUUAGAUCAAUAAAUGUUUGAAUAAAAACACUUUUUUACAAUGCAAAAAAUACAAAUUGAAAUUUUCAUAUAAGAAAAUAAACUAUUUUUUUAUAGCAUUUUCUUGGUUUAAAACAUUGCUCCAAUAGAUGUGAAGCUCUGGUGAAAAUUUUAAGUUAAAAUAUGCAGCGCUUCAAAAGUUACGAAGGACGGUGAAUGGUGUUCUGUGAAAAACGCAAAAUAAAACAAUAUAUAUACAAAUUCAAAGUUUAAAAUACUCCAAUGUUCUAUAAAGUAUAAUAUAUGUGGCUAAAAUGCAUCAGGUUCAUACAUGGGUCCUUUCUUUUGCUUAAUUUUGUAACUUUUUGACUUACACUGCCCACGAAGUACUUCCAUCUCUUCUUUGACCCAGUGGGCACAUAACGUUAUUAUAACGUUAUUUUUAAGUGUUUUUGUGGUUGCAACGUUCGGAACCAAAAAAUGACGUUAUUUAACGCUUCUUUUGCAGCGUUUUCCAUACAAACCUAAAUAAAACGUUUUUAAAACGGUAUGAAAAAAACGUUCUUCAAAUACCGCUUAAAUGACGCAUUUUUAACGUUAAUA